AUGAAAAUUGGAGGAACCAGAUUUAAAUUCCUAUCAAAAUUACCAGACGCACCACCAUCACCAUCAGGUAGUAAUACAACAUCACCAAAUUGUUCACCAAAUACAUCAACAUCAUCAUUACCAAUAUCACCAAAAACUACAAAUAAUAAUAAUAAUAAUAAUAAUAAUAAUAAUAAUAAUAAUAAUAAUAAUAAUGAAAAUAAACAAAAAUCAUCAAAAUCAUCAAUUAAUUUAGUAUAUUCAGAUAAUCAAUCAACACUUAAUAGAGAAAUUUCAACAUUAAUGGAAACUUCACCACUACCAUCAUCAUCAUCAACUUCAUCAUCAACUUCAGCAUCAUCGUCAACAGUAUCAUCACCAACCAAUUCAUCAAUAAAAAUAAUAGGAUCACAAUCUAAAUCAUCAAAUUCAUUAUUAAAGAAACAAAAAUGGGAAUCAGAUACACCAGAGGAUAUUUAUCAAUUAUUGGCGGAACAAAAAUUAACAGAACAAAUGAUUUGGUGUGGUCAUCCAGAUUUAUUCCCAAUUAUACAUCAAUAUUCAGAUAUAUUAAAUGCAAAAGAGAAUCCAAAUGGUAGUAAUAUUCUAUCGAUUAACCUACCGGCAUCAAGUGGUGAAUUUGGUGAUGUUAAAAAAAAGAGUUAUAAAAUCGCUAAAAAGUUAACGGUUGCACAAACUAUAAAUUUAAUAUGUAAGAAACAAAAUGUUAAAGAACCACGUAAAUAUUGGUUAUCAACAUUGUAUGGUUGUAUUUUAAAUGAUGAAAUGUUAUUAUCAUCCUAUGGAUUUGGUACAUUUUUCGAUUCUUGGGAGUUAUCAUUAGUGUUGAAACAAGUUUUCACUGAUAAAAUUCAAACUGAUAUACCAUUGGAUAGUUGUUAUGGUGAAUUUGUUGUAGAUUUCCUAUUACCACCAUUGAAACAAUUUGGUGGUUUAAAGAAAAAAAGAAUUAAAGUCGAUUCAAAUCUAUCAAUCUCUCAAAUAUUGAAACAAAUUUGUACAAAAUAUAAAAUUGAAGGUUCUGAAAGAUUCUCUAUUAUAACCACUGAAGAAUUUCCAUUGAUUCUUAAUGAAAAUUCAACAUUGGGUCAUUAUGGUUUAGGUAAUAAAUUUCAAACUUUAGAAUUAUCAAUCGUUUUCACUGAACUCAUUCCACCCUAUUCCCUAAAGAAUAAUAAUGUCCCAACAUUUGGUGCUUUUCAAGUUGGUAGUGUUGAUCCAGUACAAUCGAAAGCGGUUAUCAUCGAUUUAGAGAAUAAACUUCAAGAUCAUUUGAAAUUGGGUGAAGAAAUGGUUUUACAAAUUAAAAAUUUAGCUUCAGAUUUAAAAGAUAAAGAAAGAGAAAUUAAAGAUAAAGAAGCACAACAUUUUACAAUUAUGAAUCAUAUCGAGGAGAAAUUAACAAAAAUUAGACAAAAUGUCACAAAUGAACGUGAAGUUCAUAUUAAACAAAUCACUGAUAUGAAACUUGAAAAAGAAUCAUUACAAGAUUCAAUUAAACAAUUGAAACAACAAUUGGAAGAUUUAAAUUCAUUACUUUAUCAAGAAAGAGCAAUUAAUACUGAAUCUACAAUCGCUAAUAAUUUUAAAAUUUCAACUCUUGAACAAGAUAUUCAACAAUUGAAUGAUCAAAAUAAUGAUUUAUCAACAACACUUAAAGAUACUGAAAAUCAAUUAGAAUUAACAAUAAUUCAAAAACAACAAGAAUUUCAACAACAAGAAAAAGAGAAAUUUGAUUUAAUUCAAAAAUAUGAAUUAAUUAUAAAAAAUUUACAAAGAGAAAAUGAUGAAAAAAUUAAAUCAAUUUUAGAAAAACAUCAAGAAGAAUAUAAUCAACAAGAAAAAGAACAAAAAGAAAUUACUGAUAGACUAUUUAAUAAUUUAGAUAAUAAUAUUAAUAAUAAUAAUAAUAAUAAUAAUGAAUUAAUUUUAAGUAAUAAUAAUAAUUUAGAUAUUGGAUUUAGUUCAAUUGAAAGAGAACAACUUUUAUCAUCAAUUCAAAGAUUAACUAGAGAUAUUAAUGAUCGUGAUGUGGUGAUUAAACAAGUUUAUCCAAAGAAAAUUCAAAAUUUAGAAUCAAAUAUAAAGAAACUUGAAGAGAAAUUAAAAGAAUCUGAAAAUAUAAAUCAACAAUCAAAACAAACAAUAGCUUUGAAAUCUUUGGAAAUUACAGAACUUAACCGUCAAAUUUAUUCACUCUCCAAAAAUAACUCUGAUAUUCAAUCAUCAUUGGAUCAUACUAAUGAAUUAUUGAAAAAAGAAGAAACUAAAUCUAGAAAUUUAUCACAAGAUCUUUCAAAUCUAAAGAAUCAAUAUGAUUCACAAUUACUUUUAAUUGAACAAAAAUCGCAAACUAUUCAACAAAUGGAAAUCACAAGAAUAGAAUUGGAUGCCAAGUUUAAAGAACGUGAAACUUAUUUACUCUUUGAAAUUGAAGAAUUGAAAAAACCAAAACCACCUCCACUUCCAACUUAUAAAGUUAAUACUCCAAAAUCUCCUGAUACUGCAAAACAUGGUGAUAUUACUGAUGUUAAAAAAUUAUUAAAACCUGUACCAAAUUUACCACCGCCACCAAGAGAACAUACAAUUGCUACAGUUGCCGAUUUAUUAUUUGUUUCAAUGCAAAAAAGAUUCCAAAGUAUUCAAGGUCCUGAUAUAGAAGAUUUGGAUGAUGACGAAGAUAGUGGUGGUGAAUUCAUUUAA